AUGGUGUCGAAGCAGCACGCACCUGCAACCUUGAACACAACCGACUUGACGGCGCAGAUGGAAGCCCUGGGUGUCUCGUGCUGGGAUUUUGCCUACCCGACGGGGAGGUGUUCGCUCCCGCCGGUCAAGAACUGCUGCUUCACGUCGGACGUCAAGGCGGCGUCGCGCAAAGCAGCGCGAGGCGAGCACAGAUCGAAGCACCAAGAGCGGCCCGUCAGCAACGGCGCCACCGCCACAGAGGCCGUAGUCUCUGGUGGACAGCAGGUAGACUACCAAGCGGACGACCGGCACUACUCGAGCACGAAAGCGCGACCGCAAUACCAACAACAACAUCAUCAUCAUAGCAAAAGCCACAAGGGCGCCAACAAACACCAACAACGCAGCGUCGGUAAUGCGGAACAGCGAACCUACCUCCUCUCCUGCCCGACCGUCGCCUCGAUCAUCUACCCGCAGACACACACGACCAUCUCCUCCCUCCUCCUCACACCGCACACCCAGCUGGUCUUCCUGGUCCCGCAGUCAAACAUCCUGUGCCCGAAGGUAUGCGAGCUGAUGCACCUGCCGCGGGCGGCAGGGAGCGGGCUCCGCAUUCUGCCCGUGCCGCCGGAGAUCGAGAUGCGGAUCGUGUGCGAGAGCGACGGCGACGGCAGUGGCAAUGGCGGUUGCGACGCGCAGGCAAUCUCCAUCGCCGACGUGCUCGCCGUCGACGAAGUCGUCGCCAAGGUCCUCAAAAACACCCCCGCCACCGCCUUUGACGGGUACAUCGCGUUCGAGGACGAUCGCGCCGCGUGGACGUUUUUGCACCGCGUCGGCAGGGGCGUCAAGCGCACAGGGGAAGGGAAAAAUGACUGGUGA